AUGGCCCAUCCUGCUGUCGGCGCUAGCGUCUCUUCGAUGCCUAUAAUAGCCGCGGCCACCCCUACAUGGCUUCCUAACGUACAAUAUCCUGCGCACACGCAAGUCUGCUUGUUCCAGCCAGCCACCGGCCGGGUUGAUGUCUAUCUAUGUACCCGACCACACUUAUCCAGUGCCCAUAACGCACCACCGUCGGGUGCUUACUGGCAGUACAUCGCUCAAAGAUGA